UUUAAAAACAAUUGAAUCCUCCCGGCGAGAUGGAAGACGUCGAAUUUGAUGUGAUAGCGAUCGGGGCAGGAAUAAUUGGGAGCUGCGCGGCUUAUCAAGCUGCCAAACGCGGCCUAAGGGGUAUGGACUCUUCUCCUGGAGCAAUUUGACUUCCUUUACCACCGCGGCUCCUCCCAGGGCGAGUCCAGAAUCAACCGUGCCACUUACCCGAAAGAGUAUUUUACGAAAAUGGUCUUAGCCGCCGAAACUCUGGCGCGAAGCCGAAGCCGAGAUUGGCUACGGUGUCUACUUCCCGACCCCACAGCUCGAUAUGUGCCCUGCCACCAACAAGAGGCUGCAAGCCGUCGUCUCCAGCUGCCGGAAUACAUCCCUUCCGGUCCGAGUUUUGGAUCCAAAACAGGUCGAGGAACAUUUUGAUGGCCGUUUUCAUUUGCCGGAAGAUUGGGUCGGCGUCGUGACUGAGUUCAGCGGCGUUAUUAAGGCGACCAAAGUCGUUUCCAUGUUCCAAUCCCUAGCGUUAAACAUGGCGCGACUCUCAGAGACCACGUGGAGGUUAACGGCGUGGAGAGAGACGAUCGGACGGGUGGCAUCUCCGUCACCGCACAAGGCGGAGAUAAGUUCCUGGGCAGGGCCGGCUAGAGCAAUUAUGAGGCCCUAGACGGUCAUGUAGAAAUUUUGUUUUAAAUAUGUUUUAUUUAACCCAAUGAUAUAAAAAAUAGCAAUUAAAUAUAAGUAAA